AUGGACACCACGGACGUGCCCCUCCAGGCUGAGAUGGUGGAACUGGUGCCCAAUGGGAAGCACGCGGCUGCACUCAGUGGUUCCACCGUCCCCUCGCUGGCUGGUGACAGGUUUGAGGAGAACCAGUCUGGUGUGGCAGAGAUGGAGGAGUUCCUGCCCCACGGCGCCGAGAAGAAGCAGACGCACUUCACCGAUUUCGAAGGGAAAACGUCUUUUGGGAUGUCUGUCUUUAACCUGAGCAACGCCAUCAUGGGCAGCGGCAUCCUGGGGCUGGCCUAUGCCAUGGCCAACACCGGCAUCAUCCUCUUCCUCUUCCUCCUGACGGCAGUGGCCCUGCUCUCCAGCUACUCCAUCCACCUGCUGCUCAAGUCCUCUGGCAUCGUGGGCAUCCGUGCCUACGAGCAGCUGGGCUAACGAGCCUUCGGCACGCCGGGGAAGCUGGCCGCAGCCGUUGCCAUCACGCUGCAGAACAUUGGAGCCAUGUCCAGCUACCUGUACAUCGUCAAAUCCGAAGUGCCUCUUGUCAUCCAGACCUUCCUCAACCUGGAGGAGAAGACCACAGACUGGUACAUGAAUGGGAACUACCUGGUGAUCCUGGUUUCCAUCACCAUCAUCCUGCCCCUGGCCCUCAUGAAGCAGCUGGGCUACCUGGGCUACGCCAGCGGCUUCUCCCUCAGCUGUAUGGUCUUCUUCCUCAUCCAGGUCAUUUAUAAGAAGUUCCAGGUCCCCUGCCCGCUCCCUGAGCAGGAGGUGAACCUCACGGGCAGCCUCAAUGCCACCCUCAUCAGCACCAGUGACUACCAGAACGGCUACACCGUCCUCCAGGAUCCCGAGCAGGACACCUGCACCCCCAGCUUCUUCACCCUUAACUCCCAGACGGCGUACACCAUCCCCAUCAUGGCCUUUGCCUUCGUCUGCCACCCCGAGGUCCUGCCCAUCUACACCGAGCUGAAGGACCCCUCCAAGAAGAAGAUGCAGUGCAUCUCCAACAUCUCCAUCAUGGUCAUGUACCUCAUGUACUUUUUGGCUGCCCUCUUCGGCUAUCUCACGUUCUAUGGCCGCGUGGAGUCGGAGCUGCUGCACACGUACAACAAGGUGGACCCCUUCGACGUGCUCAUCCUGUGCGUGCGGGUGGCUGUGCUGACAGCUGUCACCCUCACCGUCCCCAUCGUCCUCUUCCCAGUGCGCCGGGCCAUUCAGCAGAUGCUGUUCCAAGGGAAGGACUUCAGCUGGGUCCGCCAUGUCGUCAUCGCCGUGGUCCUGCUGACCUUUAUCAACCUGCUGGUCAUCUUCGCCCCCUCCAUCCUUGGCAUCUUUGGCUUGAUUGGUGCCACCUCCGCUCCAUGCCUCAUCUUCAUCUUCCCUGCCAUCUUCUACAUCCGCAUCAUGCCCAAGGACAAGGAGCCGCUGCGCUCUACACCCAAAAUCUUGGCUGCCUGCUUCGCCCUCCUUGGGGUGCUCUUCAUGAUCAUGAGCUUGAGCUUCAUCAUCAUUGUCAGCCACUAG